AUGGUUCUCGCGGUCGAUCUCCUCAACCCCACCCCCCAGGCCGAGGGCCGUAAGCACAAGCUUAAGACCCUUGUGCCCCAGCCCCGCUCCUUCUUCAUGGACGUCAAGUGCCCCGGCUGCUUCACCAUCACCACCGUCUUCUCGCACGCCCAGACCGUCGUCAUCUGCGCCGGUUGCUCCACCGUCCUUUGCCAGCCCACCGGUGGCAAGGCCCGUCUGACUGAGGGCUGCUCUUUCCGCCGCAAGUAA